UACGAUUUCGAUUCACCGGAUAGUCGAGGAUGAUGAGAUAAUUUUUCGCAUCCAUCGUGACAUCAUUUUUCUAACCACACGCGGCGAAUGCCCGGCAAGUUCCCGCGUUUUCUUCGCGCUCCCUUGGAGCAGAAUUUGUACAUAGAAGCAUUAAAUUGUCAUUGCAUCAUAAAUGGCACCACCAAAAGUACUUGGACAGAACAGACAGACCAGUACGGCUGCUUUGAGAACAGGAGUAACAACCAGGAGACAGAAUGCUGUACUGAACAAUUUAUUAAAACAGCCCAAUGUCAGAGAUACUCGGUCCAAAAGAAAAGCGGAGGCUUCGCCUCUGAAAGAAAAGACUGCCAAGAGAUCUGCCUUCGCAAAUAUCACUAAUGCCAUUACGACGUUAGGAGGACAAAGUCAUGUGCUAAAAAAGACAAUUACUCAAGCUAAACAACAUGACAAUAAAAAAUCAGGAAGUAACAUUGCUGUUAACAAACCUGGAAGCAUUGUUAAACCUAUAUUGACAAAAUCAAAACCAUCUCGAGUAAAACCCAUUAUUAUCAAAGAUCAAAAGAAGGUGGAAAUAUCUUCUAAGGUUGUAAAAUGUAUAGAGGUUAGACAGAGUAUAGAGAGUGAGAAGUCAGACGGCUCGCUCUACAUCAGUGCCUUGGAAGACAUAACGGAUAGCAUAAGAUUCUCGGGUAUAAGCAGUACAGUCACUAAGGAACAUGAUAAAAACGAAACAGAGAAGGAGGAAAAUAUCGAGAAUAAGGAAAAUGUGUGCGAGACAAAACCUGAGGAAAAUGAUAAAAACAACGUGUCUUUCGUGGAGGAGAAGAAAGUCUCUGCCACUACCUUGAUGAUGGUGCCUCAGAGAAAACUACCAGAGGGUGUGCAGUGGGACUUCGACGUUGAAAAUUGGCUCGAUCCGUUUCAAGUGUCGCAUUACGCGAUGGAUAUUUUCGAGUAUCUGAAAAGUCGAGAAAGUUUGUUUACGAUCAGCAAUUAUAUGGAACGACAAGUUAGUCUCUCUCAAUGGAUGAGAGCCUUGCUUGUCGAUUGGAUGGUCGAGGUGCAAGAAUCGUUCGAGCUCAAUCAUGAGACUUUGUAUUUGGCCGUGAAAUUAGUCGAUCUAUAUCUAACAAAAGUAACAGUCAGCAAAGAAACCCUGCAAUUGCUGGGCGCUGCCAGUCUCUUUAUAGCAUGUAAAUUUGAUGAAAGGAUACCACCGAUGGUAGAAGAUUUUUUGUACAUAUGUGAUGGCGCUUAUUCUCAGAGAGAACUAAUUAGAAUGGAAAUAAGUGUCUUAAAAGUAGUCAAUUUCGAUCUAGGAAUACCACUAUCUUAUAGAUUUCUUCGGCGUUACGCUAGGUGUGCAAAAGUGUCUAUGUCUACGUUAACUUUGGCUCGGUUUAUAUUGGAACACUCGCUGAUGGAUUAUUCGAUGAUUACGUUCAGCGAUAGCAAAAUGGCGGCAGCGGCACUAUUACUAGCGAUGCUAAUGAAAGAUUUAGGGGGAUGGACUCCGACACUAGAAUAUUAUAGUGGCUAUAAACUCGAAGACAUAAGAGAUAUUUGCCAUCUCUUGAAUCAUAGUUUACAUAAGAAACAAAAGGACUCUUUGAUGACCGUCCGAAACAAAUACAGUCACCCGGUUUUCCACGAAGUAGCAAAGCUGCCUCUAAAAGAAACUUUAGAUAUAUAGGUAAUAUAUUAAAACUAAAAUAAUAAAAAUAAUUCCUUUAUAAGAAAAGUAUUUGAAAUUACAAAACACCGAUACACACAUAUGGCUUAUUUUGACAAAACGCAGAAUGAAAACCAAAAUCGAAAGUCGCGCCAAUUUUUAUUAGAUCGAUUUAGUCGCUAAUUGAAGUAAAUGGGUAUAUGCGAAUAAACGAUAACAUUGCUCUCUAAACUGUGAACGUGCGUUGACGAUGAUGAUGGAAACGUGAAAAAAUUUCGAAUGUUACAUUUAAUGGUCAUUAUUUUGAUAUCAGCAUGUAUAUCGGAAACAUGAUCUUUACUAGUAUUUUUUAUCAUUAGUAUUAUUAUUGAAAUCCAAAUAAAUGUCGGUGUAAUGCGUCAUUUCGCCGUCUGCGCUGAGCGAAAGUGGUGGUAAAAGAUAGAGAAAAAGAAGGAAAAAAAAACAAAGACGCUAUUCAGAAUGUGUAUUGUACAUUAGAAGAACUUGAAACUUCAAGAUUUUAGUUAUUUUUAUUUAAGUCAAUUAGAAAAUUUUAUCAAUUUCAAAGAUUUCUGAGAAUUAUGCAAUAAUGUUUAUGGAAUAAAACACUAUAAUUUCAUCCACUUGGAACUUGGAACAAAAAUAACGAGUUAUAAAGAAUUUUUUUUGGAAAUCUACUCCAUUUAAACACCAAUUGUGUACAUUUCUUUUCACUAUUAAUCUUUGCCGAAUAUUCACAGUGACGCAUUAUAUCGGCACUUAUUCUCUAAAGGGAUUUGCACUUAUUAGUAAUAUAUACAUAUAUAUUUAUACUUAUAACGCGCGGUAAUCUUUAUACUACUUUACAUUUUCUCAAUUAUUUAUAGGCUAUUUUAUAUAUAUACUUUUUUCUUUUUUUUUUUUUUUUAUCAAAAAUUUAUUUUAGCACCACGCCUUUUUUGCACCUUGCAAAAUAAAUUUUAAAUCGACUCGACGACAAGUUCCUCCAACAUACGAGAUAGACUGCAAAAAAACUAACGCACAUGGUCGGAUUUACCGAGAAAGAAUUUAUGUAUGUAUUUAAAGAAUAAGUCAAAAAAUAAAUGUUAUUUUGUUAAAUUUAUAGUUUUUGAGACUUUUUGGUUUUUUUUGUCACUUGGCGGAAAUAUAAACUUCCUUUCAAACUGAGCUAAGAAAUGCAAAUUACGUACUACAGCAAGAUCUUUCAUUCACAAUAUUCCGCUUUGAUCCAUAAAAACCUGGACUUUUGCAUUUACAAACUUUAUCUAUGUCUACUACUUUUUUAUCUACUUCUACUAUCUUUUUCAUAAUCUACUAUACUAUCUUUUUCGUACUUUACUACACACUUUGGGAAUAACCGAUUUUUUUUUUUAUCGUUUUUUUAACUUUUCUAAACAAUCUCGAAAAAAACACGGUGAUAAGUUUUCGUUAUGUUCUUUAUCAUUUACAUAAUAAUAUUCUCAAUCUUCUACAAUAUACGAGUUGUUUUUUUGUAUGUCUAUUGAUUAUAUGACGUUAUUGUUCACACAAAUCGAGUUGACACAUUCUAAAAUUACCAAUGUUUCAGGGAUUUGAUAGAGUCGCUCUUCGAACGAGUGUGCUCGUAAACAUUUGUUUCUCAAAAUAACGAUUGUGUGUGUUGUUUUUUAUAGUCUAUUCUCGUAAUUGUACUAAUCAGUUAAAUACAAUGUGUUUUUUUGUAACUGAAAAUACUUUCAUAACACUUCCGAUUAUCUACCGAUAAUGUAAUAUGAUGACAUGGGUACGUCUAUUUCGAACUCUUACAAUUUUUUGCUCAAGGUGUGUUAUCAUACGAAGGAUGCGUUUGCUUUGGACGCUUACACGCGCGCUGUGAGCGUAGGUCUAUCUGUGUUCUUUCUUUGUUUUUGCAUUUAAAGAACAAUAAAAAGACAGACUGAUGUUUUUUUAAAGCGAACGCACCCGAGGAGUGGUGCGUUGUUAUGUAUCGUUGUUGCGUUUUAUGUAAACUUAUGGUAAUGAAAUCCAAAUCGCUGGAAUAUAUACAUUGUUUCUAAUUAUUAUGCAAAUGAUAUUCAAGAUUUUUAUUGCAGAUAAAACUUAUCCAAAGGUAAAAUUUAAUUGAGAACAUUUCUAUGCUCAAUGUUUUAUUCAGAGAGUGAACUAUAUUUAAAUCGUUCAAAAAUUGAGCUGUACAAUAUUUUGACAAUUUAAAAACUCUUGUUUUUGAUAUACUUAACUUAGUGAGAGAAUUCUCUUUUCUAUUGAAAAUCGCGAUUGUUGAGCUUCUACGUGACAAAUAACUGUGACACCACCAAAUUGUAACUGAUUUACACAGCGUGUGCCUUUUUCCAAAAAUGUAAGCACCGUUUAAAGUAAAGCUGCUUUUGUGAUUUGUCUUGAAGAUGCAAUGAAAAUAUGACGGUAUCUUAAUUUUAAACGGUGUUAGUGUCUGAGAGUUAUAUAUACAUGACUAUUUAAAAGAUCUGAUGUUUCCAGAGACGCAAUAUAAUUUAUAUUUAAAUGACAUUAGUUCUCUCUCCCUCGAAAGAAAAUCAAUAGAAAAUGAACAAAAUCACCUGUGAUAUCGCUUGUGUCAUAAAAUCAAAACGACAAUUGCGUGAGUGUCAAAUUUUUUUUUUUUUUUUUUUUUUUUUUUUUUUUUUUAUACUAUCUUCUACAGGGUGGCUACAAAAUCUUAUUAACAUUUCUUAUGAAAUAAAAAAACAAAUUUAUAAAUAUGACGUGGCAUGUGUGAAUAAAAUAAAUUCAUUAUUGUGCGCUUUUUGAACCUGUAAUUUCGCCCGUUGCAGUGAUUUUCUAAAUAUAUUUAUUUUCAAUAUGUAAAUCAAAUCUCCAGAUUUUUUCAGCAUUUUUAAAAGAUGAACAAACAUAAGCAUACAGUAUUUCUUGAAAUUAAUUCAACGAUAUAUUUUGUUUUUUUGUGAAAUUAUCGUGAAAAACGUUACAAAGAUAAAACAAAUAAUUAUUUUACAGGCAAGUAAAUUAUUAUAUAUGAAUAUUGUCUUGUACAUAAAACUAAUAUCUAUAGAAACAGGAAUAAGAUUUAGUUCGACAGAAAUUUUGUGACUACCCUGUGUAUAAGACAUUCAUUAAUUAUGUACAGUAUUUAUAUAUAUAUAUAUAUAUAUACACACACACACAUAUACAAUGGUUUUUGGCAAGAAUAUAAAUGUAAUGCGCACUUUUGAAACGUGUCGGUAGAUCUUUAGUUACCUCAGAAACGAGAGAAUAUGAAUGAGUUAAAUUACAAAUAUUAUGUGUACAUACAUUCGAGAUUUUCAGAUUUGCAGAUGUGUACAUAAUAUAUAUAUAUAUGUAUAUACACACAUAUAUAUAUAUAUAAAUCCGUUUAAUUAAUUACUUAAGGCACAAAAAAGUUUGGAAAGAAUUUAUGAGCAUAUGUGUAAGAACGCAUGCAAGAUUAAAAUUUGCCCUAAAAAUUGAGGCUCUAGUUGUAUAUAAGUAAUGAUAUAUUUUCUGUCAAUGAAUCCCUAUUGCGUUUAUAUUAUUCUAAAGUAUAUGUGUGUAACCAUGUGCGCUAUAAACGAGAUGUAACUUAAUAAAAAUUAUAACAACACAUAUAUAUACUGCAUAUGUAUUUGUCUUGUGAUUUUUUCCGAACUUAGCUAGCAGAGAAAAAGAAACAAAAUCUUUCGGAUUUGUAGCACAAUUAAAAAUAUAGAGUUAAAUAGUAGAGAACAAAUUUAAAUUCCAAGAUGAAAAUAUAUAAGUAAAAUUAAAGAAUGUUUUAUUUAUAGUUUGUUUGGUUAAAUGUGUCGAGGGAAAAUAUAACAACACAAAACUUCUAACAAAAUUUUCUUUCGGAAAAUCUUUUUUAUUGUUAAUUUACUGUGCUUCAACAGUGUAUACGUUUUUAUAAAUAAACAAUAAAUAUAUACUUAUGAGAUUUAAAUAUCGGUAAAAAUCAGGUACGCACUUAUUAGAAUUAGAAUUGUUAGAUUUGAUCUUUACAUAUCGGAAAAGCGAGGUUUUAUGCUAUUUGUGAUAAUUGACAAUAUUGAUUUUGUGUUCUUAUUGCUUAUAAAACGGUUACAAGAAAAUUAAUAUUUGUUCGUGUUAAAUGUUCACUUUAUAUUCUUGAAUUAAAAAACACGUAAAAUUAUUUUUAAAACUUCUCCGUCCAAAUUCAUUUAAAAAAAGGCUAUCUAACUAUCACAAAUGUUUCAAGAAACACCAGAUAUAUAUGAACCAAAUGUGUUAUACUUAAUGGAAAAAAAUGUGCAAGUAUACUUUUUUUUGCUAAUUGAUUCUGAAGAAAGUUUCCAUUUUAUUGACAUAGCGAAUUGUUUUAAUAUAUUAAUUACAUUUUGAAUAAGUUUUUUAUAGAAAGAAAUCAACAUAUUUCACACGUACAUUUUUAAAUAGUAUCUAAAGAAUGCGUCUUGUAAACGUUCAUAUAUAUUAUCCAGGUCUCCCCAAAAAACUUGAAAUCCGACGUGUGUAUUAUCACAAUGCUUCAGUCUUCGCUAUGAUUUUACGUCUCGUUUGUUUGACACUUCGUUUUCCGAGACCGAGGCACAAGUACUAUUCUCAUUAGAGACUAUAGGCCUCUAUUGUUACUAAAAUUCAUUAUACGAACUAAUUUAAACAGACGGUAAUAUUUUUUUUUUCAACUCUGUUCCUCCUACACAUUGAAUAUAUUGGAUUAUCCUGAACAUUGCAAAUCUAUUUUUUUUUUUUUUUUUUUUUU